AUGCCCGUCAUUCCGGGAGUUGGUGGUGGCACACCGCUCCGCUCCCUGCGCCUCUACGGCCACAGGCUGGCCCCGCUGCUCGGCGAGGUCCAAGGCCGCCUGCAGAGCGUCGCCGUGGCUGGCGUCGUGGGGACGCCCGUCCACCUGGCGAGGCAGCCCGAUCUGGAGGAGUUGCGUCUGGAGACACUCGGCGCGCCCUCCUACCUGGAGGUGGCAGCGCUGCUGGGGGCUCCAGGACUGGCGCACCUGAGAAAACUCACGGUGACCUCCGGCAUGUCCUGCGACCCGGUGGUCCGGGCCAUCACUGCCGGCCAUCUGCUGGGGCUCACCAGCCUCACGCUGGCGGUGCCCCAGCAGUCGAUCCUGGUAUUCGCGGCGGCGAUGGCCGGGACCAGCAUGCCAGCGCUCCGGACGCUGCGAACUCUAAUUAUUAUUUCCAAGUCUCAAGAUGAAUGGGUAUGGACUGAACCCUAA